CGGAGGCAGGUGGUUUAAUUCGGAAUGAAUAAAAGGCGCUGACUUUGACCGAAGAUUGUGGGGAAAUUAUUUAAAAGUUGUCAUUAUUCGCCUGACUGGUUGGACGAGAAGAAGACAAAAAGGAAUUGAAGUAGGACGUCGAACCUUUUCUGUUGGUGUUUGGGUGUGGAACGAGAGACGACCGUUAGUCGAAGUCAUGGUGAUGUGAGGCGGCCAUUCGGCACUGACUUUGGUUCCAUGGAGGCGAUCAUCGAGGGGGACUCGCUCCUUUACUUUGCUGCUAGUUUGUACCAGGGUUGGCUCCGAGUUUACGAUGUAAGAGGUCCACUCACACACAGGAUAUCAUGUGGAAAAUCACAUCAUGGACGUGCAAUAUGGAACACCAAAUUUUGUGUUGUCACUGAUGGCCAGUUGCUUUUGCUGGACAAAGAAGAGAUUCAUCCAUUGCUGCUGCAAGAACGGCGAGCAGAGUCAUGUAGGGCAAGGCUACUACGUCGAACUGUUAGUGUUCCUGCUGAAAAUCAGUUUCCAGAAUGUCAACCAGUUGGAUCAGAGGAGCAUGAUUCUCCAAUUGAGAGACCUGGCCGGAGACGCAGCAUGCCAGGGAACGCUCCAGAGGAUAACCCCACCGUUGAACCACCCACUUCUGCAUCCUUUCGUAUGACGGGGUUCCUGAGCCGUCGGCUGAAAGGCUCCAUCAAAAGGACAAAGAGCCAGCCCAAGCUCGACAGGAACAGCAGUUUCCGGCACAUCCUACCUGGAUUUAGAAGCGUGGAGAAUGAAAGAUCACGUCUAAUGCCGAGGCUGAAAGAAUCACGUUCUCACGAGUCUUUGCUCAGUCCUAGUAGUGCUGUGGAGGCAUUGGAUCUCAGUAUGGAGGAAGAGGUUGUGAUUAAAUCUGUUCACAGUAGUAUCCUGGGACAGGAUUAUUGUUUUGAGGUAACAACUUCAACAGGCAGCAAGUGCUUUUCAUGUCGGUCAGUAGCAGAAAGGGAUAAGUGGAUGGAAAAUCUACGCCGUGCAGUACAGCCAAACAAGGACAACAGCAGACGCGUAGAGAACCUGCUCAAGCUAUGGAUUAUCGAAGCCAAGGAUCUGCCAGCCAAGAAAAAGUACUUCUGCGAACUCUGCCUUGAUGAUACGCUGUAUGCACGGACUACCUGCAAGCUGAAAACGGACAAUGUUUUCUGGGGAGAGCACUUUGAGUUCAGCAACCUGCCUGCAGUAAGAAGCAUUACAGUGCACUUGUAUAAAGAGACUGAUAAAAAGAAGAAGAAAGAUAAGAAUAACUAUGUGGGUCUGGUGAACAUCCCAAUAGCAACUGUGACAGGGCGACAAUUUCUGGAGAAAUGGUAUCCUGUGAGCAUGCCCAAUCCAAGCAAGGGCAAAUCAGUGGGGCCGAUGAUUAGAAUCAAAGCUCGCUACCAGAGCAUGAGCAUUCUUCCAAUGGAGCUUUAUAAAGAAUUUGCCGAGUACAUUACAAAUAACUAUAUGCUGUUGUGCUCGGUGUUGGAGCCUGUGUUGAGUGUCAAAAGCAAGGAGGAGAUGGCUUGUGCAUUAGUGCACAUUCUGCAAAGCACUGGGAAGGCUAAGGAUUUCUUGACAGAUUUGAUGAUGUCUGAAGUCGAUCGUUGUGGUGAUAACGAACAUCUAAUUUUUCGAGAAAACACCUUAGCAACCAAAGCAAUAGAAGAGUAUCUAAAGUUGGUUGGCCAGAAGUAUCUUCAAGAUGCACUUGGAGAGUUCAUCAAGGCUCUCUAUGAAUCAGAUGAGAAUUGUGAGGUGGAUCCGAACAAAUGCUCAUCAGGAGACCUUGCCGAGCAUCAGAGCAACCUGAAAAUGUGCUGCGAGCUGGCAUUCUGCAAGAUCAUUAACUCAUACUGCGUGUUUCCACGAGAGCUGAAGGAAGUGUUUGCAUCGUGGAGGCAGGAGUGCAGCAACCGUGGACGUCCUGACAUCAGUGAGAGAUUAAUCAGUGCUUCCCUCUUCCUGCGGUUCCUGUGUCCAGCCAUUAUGUCCCCUUCUCUCUUCAAUCUUCUGCAGGAAUACCCAGAUGACCGCACCGCUCGCACUUUGACCUUAAUUGCCAAGGUUACCCAGAACUUGGCCAAUUUUGCAAAGUUUGGUAGCAAGGAAGAAUAUAUGUCUUUCAUGAAUCAAUUCCUUGAACAUGAGUGGACCAACAUGCAGCGAUUCUUACUGGAAAUUUCCAAUCCAGAAACCAUUUCAAAUACAGCAGGAUUUGAGGGUUACAUUGAUCUGGGUCGAGAACUCUCCACCCUACAUUCACUGCUCUGGGAAGUGGUUUCGCAAAUGGAGCAGGCAACUUCAACAAAGCUUGGCCCCUUGCCUCGUAUUUUAAGAGAUGUCAACACUGUGCUGACCAACCCAGGUGCUGUACCUGUGCCAACGACCUCUGACCCAUGCACAUCAACACCAAAUCCCUCCAAUAGCAGCAUAUCCUCAGGACUGCAGAAAAUGGUGAUAGAUAAUGAAUUUAGUGGUUUAUUAGAUUGUACAAGGUUACCCUCUCCUACCCCUGAAAACAAGGACUUAUUUUUUGUCACAAAGUCCUCUGCAGUACAGCCAUCCCCAGCUCGCAGUUCAAGCUAUUCCGAAGCCAAUGAAGCAGAGCAACAAAUGCCCAAUGGUAAUAAGAGUGUAUCAAUGGUCGAUUUGCAAGAGAACCGCAGUUUGGACAGUGCAACAAGUGCUCCCAAUACAGGUGAUUCCCUAAAUGAUAGUCAAGGAUCCAGUGGGCAGUUACAGACAAUGUGGGCUCCAAGACCCCCUCAAAAUGCAGUAUCAAGUGGGGCUGGGAAUGUAGGACGAAAGCCUGGACAAACAGCAAGCACCCCUAAUGCAGACGGCACACCAGGAAGGCCACAGCUUCUGGCACCAUUAUCUUUCCAAAACCCAGUGUACCAGAUGGCAGCAGGUAUUCUAAUUUCACCACGUGGAGUGGCAGACUCAGGAUCAGAAUGUCUCAGCUCUAUUAGCUCCCACAGCAAUAAUGAAGAACUGGCGGCCAACAAAUCCACUUUUCUUAGCCAUACGAGCACAGAAGACUUUACCAGGCGUUCUGGAGAAUUCACAAGAAGACAGCUGUCCUUAACAGAGAAAGUUCCUCAGAGUGUAGUACCACGUCAAAACAGUGCAGGCCCACAACGCCGAAUUGACCAACCUCCACCAGCAGCUAGAGGUAGGACGCCACCAGCCUUAUUAUUCAACACCCCUCAAUAUCCAAGGCCUUCCAGCGGAGGUAUUACACCAUCCUCAUCAGAAUGGCCAAGCACUGGCACAAAGCUACGACAGCAAUCAUCAUCCUCUAAAGGGGAUAGUCCUGAAAUGAAACAACGCACAAUACAAAAACAGGCCCCCUCACCUGCGAAUGCCUUGUCCUCAGUGGACCGCACUGCAGCAUGGCUGAUGAAUAUGAACAUGCAAUUCAUAGAUGAUGAAACAGUGGACCCAGGCUCUAAGCGCAGGGAUGAUGUCAGACCUAAAGAGGAACUUAGCCAGAUAGAGAAGUACCAGCAGGAGAUUGCUAUACUUCAGGAUAAACUGAGGGCAUCCAAUCGGAAACUGGAAGAAUAUGAGGUGCAUUUAAAGAACCAAGAGGAACAUGCACAAAAGAUGAUGCUGGAAUACCAAGCCAGGCUGGAGGAGGGCGAGGAACGACUUCGCAGACAACAAGACGACAAAGAGGUGCAGAUGAAAGGCAUUAUCAGCAGAUUAAUGGCUGUUGAAGAUGAGCUGAAGAAAGAUCAUGCAGAGAUGCAGGCAGCAGUAGACUCUAAGCAGAAGAUCAUUGAGGCACAGGAAAAACGCAUUGUCUCACUGGAUGCAGCUAAUGCCCGAUUGAUGAGUGCCCUGUCACAGCUGAAGGAGCGAUACAGCAUGCAAAGCCGCAAUGGCAUCUCCCCGACCAAUCCCACUAAACUACAAAUCACUGAAAACGGGGAAUUCAGAAACAGCAGCAAUUGCUAGUUUGAUGAUCCAUAUCUGCAAAUGCCAUUAGUGUACAUCAUGAGUGCUUACAACACAAGAUGUGUUAAAGCACAGGCAUCAGCUACAGCAACAGAGAAACUGGUGUCCAAAUAUCUUUUGAUUAAGUUUGUUUGUUUGUAAAGUUCCUUUACAUGGCCACUUGGACAAAAAAAGCAUGUUAAUCAGUAAAAAAAGUAAUAAACCUUGGAAAGUUUCAGACAAACAUGUUGCACUGGAGUACCUCUAAUGUUUAAAGAUAUGGGGUGCCGAAUGUCAACUUAAAGCGUGCAGUCAGAUUUUGAUGAUGAAAUUACCAUGAACAUAAAGCAGUGCUGAGAAAUUUUGUUUUCCACCAACACAGAUUCUGUUCAAUUACUCCUGGGCUUCUCUGUUUUUAGUGCUGAAUUAUAAUAUUCUCAAUCUCAAGUGGAUCGACUCAACGGUUUCUGGGGAUAUUUGGCUAUUGCUUUAUCUCCACCAUAAUUGGAUAUACAGACCUAAAUGAUACACCAGUUUUAUAGAAGCUAUAGUACUUUGUCCCUUCAUUAUGUAUCACGUAACUUACUGAUAAAUUAGUGUUUUCCAAUUUUGAACUCCCAUGUGCUAGCUUUGUAGUUCUGUCUAUUUCGCACUUUUACCACGCACAUGAAGUUUUUUUUGGGGAAAUACGAUUUUCUUCAUUUUUGAAGCCUUUUAUACAAAAAUGCUACUUCUUACAGCUCAUGGAAACAUGAGGAUUCAUAUGCACUUAUCUGGAUUAUACUACGCAGCAUAUUCAACCAGGUAAAGACAUCCACUAACUUACAGAAGAAUGUUUUGAAGGCACUGGGCAAUGCUGCAUAGAAGUUACUAAGAAAGCCUGACUACAACAUGAAUCUUUGACCAUCAGCUCCAGAAUUAAAGUGAUAUAUGAAAGAAGCAGAAAGCAGACUUGUACUCACUAAGUAUAUGAAUCACUACUUUGGAUGCAUUUGAUAUUUAUUUAAUCUUCCCAGUUAUCUUCAAUUUGUUAAGUUGAUUUAAUUUUCAUUUAUGCACCAUUUGCUUUUAAAAAGUUCCUUUUUACUAUAAAAGGCUUUUCUGUACAAAUUAAUGGUGUUGGUGUAUCUUCCAUAUUCUGCUGCUCCCAGAGAAACAGAUGGACACUGCUGUUACAAAAAAUUCUGAUUUUUAAAACUAAAAUCUUUAAAAUGAUACAGUAAGAUUAGUUCUAUUAAAAUUUAUACCUGUGUGUUUUGUGAGGGUAUUUAAAAACCCAAGAGAAAGAUUAACUCUUCCUGAAAAUUUUUACUUUUAACCGUGUCAGUCAAUUUUUGCAUCAGUAUUGUGUUAAAAUCCUAUGUAUCUGACAAACUGUAUAUAGUUAACAUCUGUUUCUGGUACUGCUUGUCUCAAAGUCGCGGCAGAGUGACUGCAUCUUUAACUGCUGUUUAUGUUGUUAAAAAUGUCUAAAAUGCCAGUGGUGGCAAAUUAAAACCACUUUAUAUAGGCAAACAAAAUCACUGUGUGAUUGCAAUCCGUGGUUCUGUAGUUCAAGACCAUUUGUUAUACUUAUUGACUUUUCAGAUUUGCAGCAUCUUAAGUUGCGUUUGUAUUUAGCUACACUGACAAUAUGACAAGUAUCACGACUGCACCAGUGAUUUGGUAUAAUAAGCUCACUAGCCAAUUCUCAGUGGUUUCAUAGAGAAAAAAUAAAGGGGAUAAUGAUUCUGUGUACUGAUUUAGGCACUACCACAGAAUGCAAGAAGCCAAAAAGGAUAAAACAACAUAGCAAUGUCCUGAAAUUCUCCCCACUAGCUAAAAUAAGAUGUGCUAUGCAUCCUAUAAAACAGCAGAAAACAGAGUUCAUUGUCAAAAGAGAUUUGAAACAAGAAGUCAUCUUUUUAAAAUGCACUGCUGAACCAGAACAUUCUUAAAACUAUACCCAUUUAGUAAUUAAACAAUGUCAGCUUUUCUUAGGGUUUUUAAAAAAAUUAUUUUGUAUGUUUGUAGUUAAAAGGUUUUAUAAUUUUCAGUUUUUAAAUGCAUGUAAAAUAAGUAAAAUGCCAUGUUUGUAAUUUCAACUAAAGUGCACAUUGUUUGUUUUAUUUAUUUUAUAAACUGUGAAGGCACUUAAAACAGUAAAUGUGUAAAACCUAUAGGUAUCAUUUUUCUGUGCUUAACUCCUAUACGGUAAACAGAAAGCCACAGACCUUGAGGUAAUGCUUUCCAAAGUUCCAAUGUAAUCACAUUUUAAUGCCUUAGAUUUCCUGUGACUAAGGAGUGAAAAUUGGUAGUGGCAGGGAGAAAGAUCUGUAAGUGAUAAGCUAAUUCAGCAUGUGGGAGAGUGGGGAGGAGAAUUGCUGAGUGUGAGGGGAGGUGAUACUUGAUUGGGGUGGGAGAGUUAAGGAUUUUAAACUGCAAAACUGGCCAAAAAGCAAAAACUAAAACCCUUGUAGCAGCAAUCAGGCCUUAAAACAGAUACACCCACCAACAAAGAAUUAAAUGAACAUUUAAUAAAUAGUCUUACCACAGUAUAUGCUACAGAGGCACCGCAGCCACUGCAGAGAUAGUAACCCCCAAAAUCUUGUCCUGCGUCACAGUCUAAGAAUCUCUGCCUGCAGGAGUUAGUCAGGGCCUUGGUGGUGGUCAAAGUGUCCUCACAGUCACCAAUUUCCUUAACACAGUCAUUGACACUAUUUCUUUGCUGUAUGUUUGCAAUAACAUUGGGUAGCUGACACUGGUCUUAGAAGAGAGAGUCCUAGGGAUGUAUUACCAUUUGCAAAGAUCCAGGUAUGAACCAUCAUCUGCUGGGAUCUCUCCACAUAAACAAAAAUGUUAGAAAAUCAUAUGUAAACCUUGUAAUUUCAAGUCAAUUGAAAUGAACCAUACAUUAAUGUUAAAAGAACAAUGAUCCUUUCCAAAAAAAAACAAAAACAAUUUGCUCAAUCUUUAACAUUGUAACUUCAUGCUUAGUACUUGGUAAAACCAAAAAUACUUCAAGGGCAGACUUUUCACUGAAAAUAAAAUAGACAUAUUUAGAACGUUCUGUGAAAGUGUCUGAACAAACUGCGGUAGGAGCUUAAACAGCACUACAUUCCAAGGUGCCAAAAGGUCUGAAGGUCUGCAGCAUUUUUCUUCGGAUAGAGGCUUUCCUAAAAAAGGUGACCCUGUUCAGUCUCCUCAGACAUAGCAUUAUGCCAAAGAUUUUGCAUCUUAGGAUACUGUAGGUUUGUUAUUUCCAUGGGCAGUUCUUAGAACAAAAUUCACAAUUAUUCUCAGGCCAUGAAAAAAAUCCACAGGCAUCUACAAUUAAUUGGAUUGAUAUGCUGUGCUUUUGGCUUGGUCUAUAAAUGUUAGCUUCAGAAAAGAUACACAAACAGGUUAGUUCAAAAAGUUGUUUGAGAUAGUAGGAACUGCAGAUGCUGGAGACCGAAAUGUCAACCUUCCUGCUCCUGAGAUGCUGCUUGGCCUGCUGUGUUCAUCCAGUUCUACACAUCGUUAUCUCUAGUUCAAAAAGUGAUUGUUUUGUUUUGGAAUUUCCAGCUUUUAAGUGCUAUAUUGAAAGCAAUACCUAUCACUCCUUUUCUACAAAUGAAUUUUAAAAUGCAUACUAUCAGAAUUUGACGUACGUGUCCCACAUUUUAAAUUGCUGCAAAUAAAUCAGUUUAAAAUAGUUCUAAUUAUUUUGUCCUUAAAACGCAGAAUUAAGGACAUACCUCCAUUAACUGGUGUUGACUGAUACUUGUCCUUGGAAAGCUGUUGUACGUUUUAUAUCCUUACACUUUUGUAAGUAUGUUUAAAGUAUUUGCUGGACUCACUUCAGCUUACUUAACCUGUAAUAAUGUACAAAGAAGUUGGUUGUGUUAAAUAUGUGGCAGUGCAAUUUAUGUACAUUUGCAACUAGACUUAUUAAAGUUUUAUUUAGCUAUUUUAA